UAUUUAACUACUCCCUCCGUCCCACGAAUCUUGACACGUUUUCAUUUUUGGGCCGUCCCACGAAUCUUGACACGUUUCUAUUUUGGGUAAUAAUUAUUACCUUCUCUCUCUUACUUUAUCACCUUUAUUCCAUUCUCUCUCCUAUUUUAUUAUUUUUAUACUUUAUUAAUUAUACACUUAAAACACUAAUCUACAACUCCUUAAUUCUCGUGUCGAAACCAAACGUAUCAAGAUUCGUGGGACGGAGGGAGGGAGUAUCUUUCAAACUUGUUUUUUAUCCCUACAAAUAUUACGUGUGAAACAAUAAGUCAACACUUCAGCUGGCUCGAGAUAAACUGGUGAUAUUAUUAUUUUAUUAGUAGUUGUUAAAUAUGCACAUUAUUUGGCUUCUUCAACUGGACAUUCAUUAUAAUUAAUCACAACUUUCUAACACCUUGAAUCCCUUAUUCUACUCAAACGAGAUUCACUAUUCAGAGCCCUAAAUCUAAUCACAGUAAACACCGCCGGAUUCUGCCGCCCCGUUGCUCGCUCGGCGCCACCACGUCCUUCUGUCGCCAGCAGCCAAGUUUAUGAUCCCUCCCAACUCUGUUUUGGCUUGUUCAAAGAUAUCAAACUCUACCGUUAUCGAGACGAGCAAAGAUAUAUAAGAAGAGAAUUUGCAAAAAGAAACAUGUCCGUGGCCCUCCUCUUAUCUUUGAUACAGAGGCUGGACAUUAGUUAUUAUCGAGAGAAUGAAACAAAUAGGGAAAUGGAAAGGGUAAUUAAAGAGAUGAGAGAGAUUCUGGAUAUUGUGAGGGAUAAGAAAUUGGAAGAGGGAAGAAGCCUCAAUUUUUUUGUAUCUGACCUUAUCGACAUGGUUGACCAUGCCAUCGACCUUUCCCUACGAAUCCAAGACUACUAUAUAUAUAGGAGAUAUGGGUCCAUCCAUAGUUGGAUCGGAGAGAUCAAAAAGCGCAUGCUGAAACUGGGAGAUGAUGAGUCCAACAUGACAUCAUCAGAAAAUGUUGACGACAACUAUGUGGUGGGCUUGGAGGAAGAUGUGGAAAUGCUGCUUCGCAGAAGCAUUAUUGGUGGGGAAGAUGACAAAAGAUACGUGGAGACUGUUGUUAUCAAAGGGAUGUGUGGUAUUGGAAAGACAACUCUUGCGAGAGAGAUAUACAACCAUCCAACCGUCGUUGCGCGAUUCAAGCGUCGUCGUCUUUGGGUAUCUAACUCUACUGACCUCACUAUUAAAGAGCUACUUAUCAAACUAAUACAACAGGUAGAAGACCCUCAGAAUCUCCAUACAUCUUCGUUAUUGGAGAAUAUGGACAACCGAAGCCUCCGAGAUAUGCUCACCCAACACCUGCAAGGAACACCAUAUUUUAUAGUUCUCGACGACAUGCCCAAACAAAUGCACUUGAAGUCUUUCUUGAAAGCUCUUCCACGAGAAAACAAUGGAAACAGAUUGCUCCUCACGAGUCACAUAACUCAUAGGGACAUAUAUGUACGUGAUGAAGAUGUUCAUCGGAUGAAACCUUUGGAUUCUAAGCAGAGUUGGCAAUUGUUUCUAAAAACAAUAAACCAUGGCAAUAAAUUGACGUGUGACCACAAAUUCCCAAUGAAGUUGGAGCAUAUGGGAAAACAAAUGUUGAGAAAAUGUGGCGGUCUGCCAUUAGCUAUAAAAGAGGUGGGAAAGCAAUUAGCGGAAAAGAAAGUCUCAGGGGAGAGCGAAUGGGAACAACUUCUUGAAUCAGUUGAUUUUGGUUCAACAUUGAAGUUAUUGGAACCAUAUUAUCAGAAAUUGGAUCCCGAUGUCCAAUCUUGUUUCAUGUCUAUGUCUUUCUUUAAAGAAAAUACAACUUUGAGGGCAGAAAAGUUGACACAGAUUUGGGUUGCAGGAGGAGUAGUGGAUGCAGCACAUCAAUGUAAAUUAUAUUUAGAUGGUUUAAUUAAUGAAUCUGUUAUUGAUGUUAAGGGAAAGAGCAAGAAGUAUUGCAUGAAUGUUGUGCUACACAUGCUAUCCGUCCAAAAAGCAGAGGAGAAACUAGGCCUUGAGAUCCUAAGGAACAAUGGAAAUAAUCAGCCCUCUGAGAGUCCUCGUCAUCAUCGUGUUAUCAUUUGUAGCAGAGACAAGUUCAACUACUCCACAGAUCAAGAUAAACAUCUUGUUUCUCUCUUCUUCCAUGGAGGUGGCUACUUGGACGCUAAUCCGUCUUAUUGGAAGAUCUUUGAACAACGACUGAGGAUACUGGACUUGGAAGAUUUUGGGUUGAAGAUUUUACCGGAAACUAUCGGCACAUUGAUGGAAUUAAGAUACUUAGGGUUGAGAAAUAAUUACAUUAAAGAGUUGCCACAGUCGUUGGGGUGCUUGAAAAACCUCGAGGUUCUUGAUAUAGCUCAAAACUUUAUGGUGGAGGUGCCAGAUAUUAUAUGGGAAUUGUGUAGCCUUCGCCACCUCUACAUGUCUGAUGUGACUUGUCUGAAGCCUUUAAAGAUUGAUGCGCUACGGGAUCUACAGACCUUAACUUAUGUCUCAGUUGAUAAUUGGACAUAUGAGCUCUCGGGUUUAAAAGAGUUGAUGUGGCUUAAGAAAUUGGGCAUAGAAGAAUUGGAUGGAAAUUCAAAUGUAACCAAGCUUUUUGUGUCAUUGGCUGUGUUGGAGGGUCUUAAACACCUAAUCUUAAGAGGGUAUCGUUUUAGAAGCAUGCCUUGUUUGGAUGAGCUUGCUAUUCUACAUAGGCUCGAAACACUCAAAUUGGAUGGACUCCUCACCAGGUUAUCAAAUAAUCUCCCUCGAUUUAUUGAAUCAUUGACGUUGGUUAAUAGCUGUCUUGAUGAAGACCCAAUGCCACUACUAGAGAAGCUACCAAAGCUAAAACACCUCAAAUUGCGGAAUGCAUUCACUGGUCAUCAAAUGGUAAUCUUGCACGACGGCUUCCCUCGUCUCGAAGUCCUGAGCAUGGAAGAGUUAUGGAAUCUGAGAAAUGUACAAUGUGGAAAAGGUGCAAUGCAUUGGCUCAAGAAAUUAGAAAUCCAUGAUUGUCCAUAUUUGGAUACCUUCCCAGAAGCGAUUUUGUCGACUUAUCAUAUGAAGGAGAUAAAGAUGGUGACAACCAAAAGGAUUGCAACAAAGAUGAGGAAUUCAGACUUAAUCUCCAAAAUAAAGGUCGUGAAUAUCAAUCCAUGAGCUCGCGCAGUUGUCUACAUUUCUUCCUUUUUUUUUGUUUGGUAGUUGUGUGUUUGAAAUAUUGAUAGUGGAGAAAGGGUCUGAUAUUGAGAGUAUUGUUUAAAUAGAUUGUGGGUAAAUAUUGUAAGUUACAAGGAUAAAAUUGUGAAAGUUAUGUGUGAGGCAGUGUUCAUUUAUCAUAUUCUGCA